AUGGGAGAGAAUGAAGCAACCGAAAAGAAGAAGCAUGAGAAAAAAGAAAAACACGAAGAUGAUACCGAUAAGAAGGAAGAGAAGGGAGAUGAGAAAACAAAAGACAAGGAACGUAAAGAUAAGGAAGAUAAAGAAGAUGGUGGAAAGGAGAAAAAGAAAAAGAACCCUGAAGAUAAGAAGGACCCUGCAAAGCUAAGGGCUAAGCUAGAAAAGCUCAAUGCCAAGAUGGAGGCGCUAGCCAAAAAGAAGGAGGAUAUUGUUAAACUUCUUCAAGAAGUUGAAAUCAAUGCCACAAAACCAAGUGGAGAAGCCGCUUGA